AUGGGAGUCCUCCAAAGAAGUAUUGAGAAUCGAAUUUCCGAGCGCUGCGAGCUCUCCAAUUAUCCCAGCUGGAGCUCACGUGAAGGCUGGGUCUUCUCCGUCCCUGAUCUCAUCUGGUGCCUCAUCUGGUGCCUCAUCUGGUGCCUCAUCUGGUACCUCAUCUGGUACCUCAUCUGGUACCUCAUCUGGUGCCUCAUCUGGUACCUCAUCUGGUGCCUCAUCUGGUACCUCAUCUGGUGCCUCAUCUGGUACUUCAUCUGCUUUGUCAAGUGCCCCAUCGUCGGGCAUAACCACUACCACAUCUCAGAAUUCGUCAUCUACGCUGGCCUCAUUUAG